AUGUCAUCCCAAGUAAAAGGUGACAGUUUAAAAAUUAUUAGAAAUGUAUUUUCUAAAGUUAAUGCUAUUAAAAGUGAUACAAUCACUGCUUCUAUUAGAGGAGAAAAUGAUUCUAUUCAAGAAUUUAGAAUUGAUAUUAUAUUAAAUCAUAUUUUAUUUACAGGAACAUUAGGCGUAUUAUCAUCAAGUUUAAGUACACCUAAUUCUUGUAAUAGUCCAUUUAUUGGAAUGAAACCACAUAAAAGUGAUAUAGUACUAUUAGAAAAAGCUCAAAUAUUUGCAGUUCCAUUAAUUUCAUCAAUGAACUAUAACGUUGUUGAAAGUACUAUUGCUAUAAGUGGAAUAUAUGGUAUUCCUAUUAUUACUAUGGAUAACACAAAUACUCCUCAUCUUAAAGUUGCAGAAAAAUUAGUUAUUACAAGAGCAUCAAAUGAAUUUAUUCAAAAAACUACGAUUAUAUUAGAUAAUAUUAAUAAAUUUGAACAACCAAUUCUUUCUAUUCCAUAUAUUCCUUUAUUCGGUCAACCUUUAAAAAAUGUUAUGUUAUGUCAUAGACCUUUAGAUAACCUUCAAGUCCCUUAUUUUGUUUUUACUGCUUCAAGAUAUCUUGAAAAUUGUGCUACAAAUGAAGUUGGAAUAUUUAGACUAUCUGGAGAUGCAAAAGAAAUGAAAAUAAUUAGAAAAAGUAUUGAAGAAGGUGUUGAAGUUGAUUGGACUCAAUAUAAUAUUCAUAGUAUUACUAAUAUCAUUAAACAAUUCUUUAGAGAAAUGCCUGAUGGAUUAGUUAAUUCCAUUGAUAUGAAUAUACUUAUAAAAAGUAUUGAAAAUGACUCUAAUGAAACAGACGCAUUAAUUCAUUUAAAAGAAGCUUUAAAUCAAAUAUAUAAACCUUCCCAUGAUAUAUUAGAUAUCAUUAGCCAUCUCGUUAAUAGAAUUCUUUUUUGUCAAGAAAUUACUCUAAUGAACGAAAAAAAUUUAUUAAUUUGUUUAUCUCCUUCUUUGAGAAUUCAAGCAAAAGUUUUAUCAUUGAUAUUAUUUCAUCAUGAUAAUUUGUUUGAUAAAUUUACUACAAAAUAUUCACUUAGAUAA